CCUCUCCUCGUUGACUGCGACGCUGCCUCAUACGCUCUCUCUGGCCGGAUAACGUUCUGCUCGCGCCCAUAAUUGUCCUGCUUCACUGCCGCACCGACACACUUGCACAUCUAUCUAGGAGCUCUGUGGUGCCUUGUGAAGGGACUCUACACAUACAAUGGUAGCAGCAUGGAUAUCCACGGUGGCUUCUGUCGGCAUGGCGGUUGGCCCUCCGCUAGUAUACGCCGACCAAGCCUUCUCAAUAGUGCGCAAGAAAGACUCAACAGGCUUCUCCCGUGACGUCUGUGCUAUCCUUCUAUUGGCAAACAUCACGCGAUGUUUCUUCUGGCUGAGUGCACGCUUUGAAUUCGCGCUGCUCUUCCAGUCCUUGUUCAUGAUUGUGGCUCAGCUAGCCCUCCUCUACAUCUGUACAAGAUAUCGUCCCAGAUUGAGCCCAGAGAACUUGGGUGUGUCAACGCGUCCAUUCGCCUUCUGGCAAUGGGAAACAUACACCCAAUAUCUCGAAUUCCUUGCCGCGUUCAUACUCUGCCAGGCUAUCCUGUUCUUGAUACUGGGACGGUCAGAGCUCUUCGUAUCGAUUUUGGGCUUCGUUGCCCUGGGCUUGGAGAGUACACUGCCUAUUCCGCAGCUCAUCAGCAACUACAAACAACGAUCUCUAUACGGCUUCCGCAUGUCUACCUUGAUUGGUUGGGUUGGAGGAGACUCCUUCAAGGCGGUAUAUUUCUUCUUACAAGGUUCGCCGCUCCAGUUCAAGGUCUGCGCAAUAUUCCAACUGUCUAUUGACUGCGCUAUCCUCUUGCAACGCGUGAUGUAUGGUAAUGCGCCACCUGCUACGGCUUUAAUCGAAGAGGACGACAUUGAGCAGGCUCUAGCUCUUAACGAGGAGUAG